UUGUUUUGGAAGAUUUGAUCACUGUACAAAACGAAGCCUCCAAACUCGGCCUGGAACUUAAUUUUGCCAAGUGCGAGCUGUUUGUGUAUGGCGGUACCGAAGAAGAACGACUGAGGAUCUAUGAUCGUUUUAAUGCGGUUGCACCCGGAAUUCAACUGGUAACCCCAGAGACACUCGAAUUGCUUGGCGCUCCUCUCACUGACUGGUCUAUUGAGCGUGCCCUGGACUGUAAAAUCAGUCAAGUUAAGAAACUGACAGAAUCUUUGGGUGUUUUGCCGGCACAUCAGUCUCUAUUCUUACUCAGAAACAGCAUGUCCCUGCCACGUCUCAUGUACAUUCUCAGAGCGGCGCCCUGCUACAAAUACCCAGAGAAGCUCAGAGAAUUUGACGAUUUGAUAAAGUCUAAGGCCGAGGAAAUCACAAACGUCAAGAUGGACGAUGUUACAUACAGGCAAGCUUCUCUGCCGGUGAAAUCAGGUGGGCUAGGUUUACCAAAAGCGGAAGAAAUUGCAGCCCCAGCACAUCUGUCUUCACUUUAUGCGACUGACGAGCUGGUCAGUAGUAUUGUGCCCGAGGACUGCCCUGAUGACCGGAUCGAAGUCGAGUUUCGCUGGGAAGAAUUAACUGGAAAAUCAGCCCCUGCUAAAGAAGACCGAAGCAAUCAACGCCUGUGGUCGAACAUGCUGACUAUCAGGAAGCUGGAAGCCUUAAAGGAGGAUGCCGACGUUAUCGCCUCUGCUCGCUUGUUGGCCGCCUCUACUAAGAAUGCCAGUGCCUGGUUGUUUGCUUUGCCGGUUGCUAGCCUUGGCACACUGUUGGACGACGCUGCGGUACGAAUCGCUGUUGCUUUACGAUUGGGAGUCCAGAUCUGUAAGCAACACAAAUGCCGUUGCGGGGAAAUGGUUGAUGCUCUAGGUUUGCAUGGUUUGUCAUGUUCGAAAAGUCAAGGGAGAUUCAGGCGACACGCAAGUUUGAAUAGCCUUAUUCAACGCAGCUUGGGAUCAGCAAAAGUGCCUUCUAUUCUGGAGCCACCUGGAUUGAGCAGGUUAGAUGGGAAGCGGCCGGACGGUUUAUCUCUUUUCCCUUGGAAGAACGGCCUCCCAUUGAUUUGGGAUGUUACAGUGUGCGAUACAUUCGCUAUAUAGUACAUUGCCGGCUCAUCGGAGGAAGCGGGAUCGGCAGCAGAAGACGCGGAAGAGCAAAAGAGGAACAACUACAGGGAACUGAC